CACUGGACAAGUGAACAGUGGUGUUUUAACUGUACUGCAGAUAUUGUAAAUAUUCUUCUGUCCUUUCCCCCUCAGCAAACUCUGGAUCCCAUUGAUGAAGUUGCUGCAUUGAUAGCUGCCACUGUUCACGAUGUGGAUCAUCCAGGUCGAACAAAUUCAUUUCUGUGCAAUGCAGGAAGCGAACUUGCCAUUUUAUAUAAUGACACUGCUGUGUUGGAAAGUCAUCAUGCAGCUUUGGCCUUCCAGAUCACCAUACGAGAUGAUAAGUGCAAUAUUUUUAAAAACAUGGAGCGAAAUGAAUAUCGAACCCUCCGACAAGCCAUUAUUGACAUGGUCCUGGCCACAGAAAUGACCAAGCACUUUGAGCAUGUCAACAAGUUUGUCAACAGCAUCAACAAACCGUUGGCUGCCCUCGAAGAGAAUGGGGGUGCAAAUGGAGAUAGUGAUUCCCUCAAAAAUGUCCUCACAUCUCCUGAAAAUCGAAUCCUGAUCAAGCGGAUGCUAAUUAAGUGCGCUGAUGUCUCCAACCCGUGUCGGCCUCUGGAACAGUGCAUUGAGUGGGCAGGUCGCAUCUCUGAGGAAUAUUUUGCACAGACAGAUGAAGAGAAAAGGCAAGGCUUGCCAGUUGUGAUGCCAGUUUUUGACAGAAAUACUUGUAGUAUCCCCAAGUCACAAAUAUCGUUCAUUGAUUAUUUCAUCACUGACAUGUUUGACGCUUGGGAUGGUAAGCUGUCUCUUCAUCUACUUCUAACUGGGAUCCCCCAUUAGGAAGGGUCGGCCAACUGCCUCAAGUGGCAGAUGCUGGUGGGGGACAACAGUAACAGAAUCCUGACCAUACCUCUUGAUUCUUCCCAGCCAUUCCCUCUGUUAGAAGAUAGAGUGGGUGUACUUCAUAGGCUGUCCCACACUUCCUAAAAUAUUCUGCCUUUAAGUGUCUUGGAGGGCAUUGUCUCAUCACCAGCACUGAUGCAAAAAUUCAGCUGCCAAUGUGGUCUCCUUUGGACAAGAUAGUGGGAUCCUGUCCUUUGCUUCAAAGGGCAAAAUACCUUGGUCUUGCUUGCAGUAGAAAGUCAAGCACAAAGAUUGAGAAAGUUGCUUUACUGGACCCAAACUCCCAAAAUUUUAGUAGCUGUGCUGAUUGAUUGUGUGAUUUGGGGAGUUUUAACCCAGAUAAAUAACUUUUUUCCAGCUCAGUUCAAGAGUAUAUGGCAUGAUUUCACAUCAUAAUGAAGCAGAUGUGGAGGACUCCCUUCCUUGUUCUAGUAGGCUGGAACCUUUAGACUCAUCCAGUUUAAUUCACUCUCUUUAGGAGCCAAAUAGAAUGGUUAAGAAUGCAAUAAGGGCCCUGCGGGAUUAUCCAGGCUUUACCAGC